AAGAAUGCUGUCUAUGUAGGUAGCUCGCUGGGCUUUGAGUCAGCCUGUGUGUGAGAGAGACUCUUGGGAGGAUGGUUAGGUAAUAUCCGCAGGAUUAAACAGGGGUAAAGUUGUUUCCUGAACUCUUGGUGAGGUUUUAAGGAUUGUUGAAGCCCGGCCCUGCUGCAGAUUAGACAGGAAAAGGAAGACGGAUGCGGGCGAAGGGAGAAACACCGAAAGGAAAAUAUCAAGACAAAUGACAUUCAACCAUGGAAGUGUUGGACACGCCAGCAUCGCGAAACGAGAAUAACGAUGACGGAGAUCUGCAGACCCAGCUAAUCGAGUGCAGAGCCCAGCUAGAACACUGGCAGGGUGUGGCAAGGAUCUGUGAAGUUGGCAAACAGGAGGAGCUGCAGGCUCUGCAAAAACAAUGUGACCAGGAGAUUCUGUCACUACAGGAGGCUCUGAGAGAAACUGCUGCUCAGUAUGAGGCCAGAAUAUCAGCCCUUCAGUCAGAGCAAGCGCAGUGGAGGAGAGCCGCUCUGCACCAUGACGGCAAGGGCAUUGUUAAAAAGGGCAAGGUGGAGGGUACCUCUCCCCCUACUUAUGGACCACAGGGCAACUAUUCUCCCCCACGGGGGGCUGAAUCUGAGGGCUCAGGGUCAGACUCUGAUCAACUGGAAUUGUUGGCAGAGGUGUCAGAUGCAGAGACCACAGGCCUUAUGAUGGACUACUUCCCCCAGCACUGUGACUCUGCCUCCCUCUCAUCCUUUUCUAUGGACACGCCCUCUUUUUCCAGACAUCCGCCCCCUCAGGAUGACACCGCCUCCCUGAUUUCUACAGGAACGCUGGUGCCUGAAGCAAUCUACCUGCCACCACCUGGGCACAGACUUGUCACUCAUUCCGACUGGGACAAUCUGCAAGCACAGCUUGUAGAGCUUCAGGAGGAGGUGACAGAGCUUAGAAAGCAGAAAGCUGAGCUGGAGAAAGAAUUGGAUGUGCAAAGCACAGAGACCCAAAAACAGUUAUCAGUGCUUCAGUCUCAGGUGCAAAUGUCUGAGGCCGUUCUUCAAGACCUACAGAAAUCUUUUAGCCAAUCUCAAAGUGCUGUUCAGUGCAGAUUGGCAGAACUGUCUUACUCUCAAAAGAGGGUUUGUAAUGAACUCUCUAAGUUGAAAGGCGAAGACACUGAGGUGGAUGAAGGAACAGAAGAUACCCUUCCACCCCUCACUCCAACAUUACAGGCAGCUCACUGUGAGGAGAGACUUCGUAUUGAAAUAGUGAACCUACAGGAGCAGCUGGAGACACGCACAGAAGAGAGCGAGAUUUUAGAAGUCAAGCUUGCCAGCCUGAAAGUAGAGACGGACCGCAUGCAGAACCAAAAAGAAAAGUUGGAGGCUAGGCUGCAUGAGUGUCGUACAGAGGUGCAGGGCCUUCGGGUUGCGCUCUCUCACCUUCAGAAAGAGAACAAAACACUCAUCCAGGAGAAGACGGUGUUACAGCAGCAGUGUUUGGAGUUGCGCAGUCAGGUGAUCAGUCUGCGCUCUCAACUAGACACUAGUCAGACUGUACAGAAGGAUUUUGUGCAGCUCUCGCAGUCACUGCAGGUGAAAUUGGAGCAGAUUCGCCAAGCAGAAUCAUUGAACCAAGUCAAGCAAAUUCUAGGAGAGGAGAUUGAAGAAUACACUGAUUCACCUGCAGAUGCAACAUGAAACAAUAGAAGAACAGGUGACUUUUUGCAGACCAAAGUGAAGAGACUCUCUGGUGGGCAGAGAGGUGGUCCUCAGAAAGGACCAAGGUGGGGUGGACUGCCCACAUAAAAAAAAAAAAAAAAAAACCUACAGUGAACAACACAGCCAGUCCUGCUUUUAUGGGUCAAAAAUGCUUCUAAUGAACUCAAACCAUUUAGGCUAAAGUUCAUUCCUUUUGAAUCUGGACCAAGCCUGCUAAUACUUGAAUUUUGUGAAAUGCUAAUACACUGACUACCGUCUAUACUAGACUUAAUGCUACUGCAGUGUAAUUUUUUAUCUCCCUGGUAUACUGUUGGCCAAAUCCUUGUUUCCUAAUGUACAUUGACAUAUAUAUUACUCAUUGCAACUGUCACCAGCCAAUUGGAAAGCUAUACUGUAAAGCCGUUCUAUAAUGAUUUGCGCAUUGAAAUAAUGGGCAAAAUGAAAGAGCCAUGAUUUUAUUAUGAAGUAAUGGGUGCCUGAGCCAAUAAGCAUUGAAAGAUCAUUAUUCUGUUAAUGAGAUUAUAAAGCACUAAAUAUGUUUUAAUAGGACAUGUUUUAAAUUCAUGUAAAUUUAGCAUAAUGAUGUUAACAAAUCUCAGUACAUUAUGUAUAUGUAUGAAAGAGUUUGAUUAAACCAAAGGAAAGUAACAGAC